UAAAACAACAUUGGGAGCGGUAAAAGCUUGACAACAGAGCGGCGGUUUGCUGCUUUAAACUAACCGUCAUUUAACGGUCAUUUAACGGUCAUUAACGGUCAUUAACGGCCACUCAGCGUCCGAUAAACACAAAUAACUGCUGUGUUUCAUGUCUAAUGACUUUAUGAAUCAAACGGAGAUGAACAGAGGAGUUUAAUCACCAGUUAAAGAGUUAAAGUUGUACUAAUGUCGUCAUGGCUUCGAAGACUGAUCAACUGCUCAUCGUUGUUUCCAUCCUGGAAGGUCGUCACUUCCCGAAGAGUCCCCGUCUCAGUCUGGUGGUCCAGGCGAGCUUCGACGGCGAGCAGCUGGCCACAGACCCGGUAGAGCACCGAGACCAGCCGCACUUCAGCACCGAGCUGGCCUGGGAGCUCGACCGCAGGACGCUGCACCAGCACAGACUGCAGAGAACUCCCAUCAAGCUUCAGUGUUUUGCUGUCGACUCUGUGACUAAGAGGAAGGAGAGCGUCGGCUACAUCGUCCUGGACCUGCGGUCUGUCCAAGAGGUCAAACAGGAGCCUCGCUGGUAUCCGCUGCUGAGCAGUAAAUACACCAAACAGAGACCGGCCCUCCUCCUCAGCAUGGCGCUGGAGAACGACACCAAGCCCUCCCAGCCCUCUCCUGAUAGGUUCAAAGCCAAGAAGGCCCCGCCCCGACAAGGUUCUCCUUCAGUAACCGACCUGCUGCCGGACAAGCUGGAGGCCUCACUGGUCCCAGACCAGGGCUACCAUCAGGUCGGACCUGCAGAUCACUGCUCUGACAUGUUCAUCCUGUCCGUCACUGUGGCCUUCGCUACCAAACUAGAGCAGUUGAUCCCUAGCACCAUGAAGCUGUCAGAGGGGUCGGGCUUCUUCUUCUACUACCUUCUACUGGGCAACGACAUCACCAGCGAGCCGUUCCACAACCUACUGAGCCCCGACUUCGAGCCGGAGCGCGCCUCGGUGCGCAUCCGCAGCAGCAGACAGAUCCUGCAGACCUUCCUGUCCCAGCAGCCCAGUUUACAGAUCCACCUGUGUUGUGGGAAUCACUCUCUGGGCAGCACAGACGUCUCUCUGUCGGCUCUGGCUGCUGUGUCUGUGGAUCUGGAGAACAAGGCGGCGACGGUGGAGGGAGCUUUUAUACUCCAACCGCCAAAACGCACCAAACAGGUGCUGCCGGCUCUGCCCGUCGACCUGCAGCCGAAUGUAGGGGUGGCUGUUACCCUGAGGAGGGAGGAGGUCACUCCAAAGUCUUUAGGGACUAAAGAAGGAAGUGGAGUUCAGAUGCAGUCCAUCCCUCCUUCCUCUGUCCCUCGUGCUGCACAGAGACCUCGAAGCUCCUCUCCGGUUCGCAAACCUCCUGACUCCUCUCCUCCUCUCGGUCCUCCUCUUCCUCCUCCUUCUUCUCAUACAGAGAGCGAGGCAGAGAGUCUGCUGGAAGAGCUUCAGCGUGGCAGAGAGCAGCCACGACUGCGGGCAGCUGCAGAUCUGGAGGCUCCUGUGCUGCAGCAGCAGCAGAAUCAGACUGAAGCUCCAGCAGAAGGUGGAGCAUCCUCCGUCAGUGUCUCUGCUCCCAAAGUGUCCAUCCCCUCCUCCGCCCACCACUACUGCUUCUCUCUGGACCUCCGCAGCCUGGGCAACCUCAGCCUGACGCACCCCAUCGCUGCUACGCUCAGGUAUUCGUAUCAGUUCUUCGGCAGCGCGGCUCCCAUCAUGACCAACCCUCCUGUGGAGCUGCAGAGGAACAUGGAGGCGUUGCUGCCUCAGUCCUACUGCGCCUUCGACUUCGCCGCUCUGCCGCAACAACUGCAGGACACCUUCCUCAGAGUUCCUCUGGUGGUGGAGGUCUGGCACAGAGACGCCACCAGCAGAGACCAGCUGAUAGGACGAGCCUCCGUCCAGCUGUCCCACCUGCUGAGAUCAUCGACGGGAGAGCAGAGCUGGAGACAGUCUCACCAGGACCGGAUCCCAGUGGUCACAACACACCGUCCUAGCGAGAAGGUGGCAGAGUUGAGCUACGUGGCAACGCUGGAGGACCUGGGGUUGGUUAAAGCCAGAGAGGUCAUCGUGUCCGACUCUUCACAGAAUGAACCUGCAGUCCACACACAGCCGUCCUCCUCCCACCCUGCAGCACCCAGCCUGAACGUGGCCCCGCCGGGCCCCACGGCUCCGACGGCCCCCAGAGACACCCUGGAGUACCGCACGGCCCUGGAGCUAGAGCUGUGGAAGGAGGAGCAGGAGGAUCUGUUCGAUGAUCAGCUGAGGAAGAAGGAGCUGAGCCACAUGCAAGCUCUGGCGGAGGAGUGGAGGAAGAGAGACCGAGAGAGGGAAGCUCUGGUCAAGAAGAAGGAGGUGGAGUAUAAUGUGCUGGAGGAGCAGCUGCAGAAGACUCUGUCUGAUCUGGAGAAAAGAGAGAAGCAGCUGGCUGAAGCCGAGCUGGAGACUCAGCGGCUGCAGAGGGAGCUGAGAGCUGAACACGAUCUAACCCAGAGGGAGCUGACGGAGGGCAGCAGGAGGCUGCAGCAGGACUGUGACCACCGGGUGGCGCUGGAGAGAGACAAAGUCCGACUGAUGGAGGAGGAUAGAGCCCGGCUGCUGCAGCAGAUCACAGACGGAGAGUCUCGGUACAAACAGCUGGAGAAAGAGUUCCAGCUCUACAGAGAACAACAGAACGUCAGACCUGAGUUCAGACUGCAGUCAGAGAUCAACCUGCUCACUCUAGAGAAGGUGGAGCUGGAGAGGAAGCUGGAGUCCACCACCAAGUCCAAGCUGCACUACAAGCAGCAGUGGGGACGCGCCUUAAAAGAGCUGGCCAGAUUCAAACAGCGGGAGCAGGAGAACGCCAUGACGCGUCUGAAGAAGCAGCAGGCGGAGCUGGAGGCCAUGAGGCUGCGUUACCUAGCAACGGAACAGAAGGAGGCGGUCCACCAGGACAGACAGGAGCUUGACGACAUCAGGAACGAACUCAACAGAUUAAAGCAGCAGGACGAGCGGUUAGGCCCCGCCUCCUCCCUGAGUGGCCCCGCCCCCGCUCACAACCUGAACGAGAGCGCCGACGAUCACCUGAGCCGCCUGCUGGAGGAGAGAGACACUCUGCUGAGGACCGGCGUCUACACCCACGAAGACCGGAUCAUCGCCGAGCUCAACAGACAGAUACAGGACGCCAUGAGGGACAGAGGGAAUCUCUGACGGGGUGGUGGGGGUCACACCUGAGACAAAAAGGUCACUUUUAACGUUGCCUUAAAUCCAAAACACAACAAGUACUUAAAGGGACAGUCGGUGUAUUACUUACAGCAGAUGGCUCGGCAGCAAAGCACCGAUGUGGACGGGGACAUCAGCAGCGACAUGGAACGUAAGAAAGACUCACCUAAAAGAACAAUAUCAGUUUGAGUGUACGCUACAUCUAGAAUAUUGCAGACUGUUCCUUUAAAUAUGAUUGUUUGAGCAUCAGAGCGUUGAAAUCGUAGCAUUAUUGAACUUGUUAAGUUAUAGGAGAAUGAUGAGUUAAUGUACAGUCUGUUCUGAUGAGGUUUUGAUCUGACAGCAGGCGGCGCUGCAGCCUCAGAAACAAACGCUCCUCUGACCUGCAGACGCUGACACAUUUAUUUAUAUUUUACCGUCCGUUUUACUGUCUGCAAUAAAUUAUUUUUGGAUAUAAUCAGCUUUGUAAAUGUGCCAUUUGUUAUUUUCUAAUGAAGAUUUUUAAUAUAUUUCUGCUUAAUUAAAGAGCAGAUAGCCUCUGGAGAGAUGUUUACACCGUUAGAACAAAUAAAGGUACUUUAAAGACA